CUGGCCCAGUCGGCCCGAGCCGCGCCGAGACCCGGGCACCGGCGGCGCGGAGAGGAGGCGGCGGCGGCGGGCAGGGAGGUCGGAGCCGGGCCGGCGACCAGACAUGGAGACCCGCUACAACCUGAAGAGUCCGGCUGUUAAACGUUUAAUGAAAGAAGCUGCAGAAUUGAAAGAUCCAACAGAUCAUUACCAUGCACAGCCUUUAGAGGAUAACCUUUUUGAAUGGCAUUUCACAGUUAGAGGGCCCCCAGAUUCUGAUUUUGAUGGAGGAGUUUAUCAUGGACGAAUAGUACUGCCACCAGAGUAUCCCAUGAAACCACCAAGCAUUAUUCUCCUAACGGCUAAUGGACGAUUUGAAGUAGGCAAGAAAAUCUGUUUGAGCAUCUCAGGACAUCACCCUGAAACUUGGCAGCCUUCAUGGAGUAUAAGAACAGCAUUAUUAGCCAUCAUUGGGUUUAUGCCAACAAAAGGAGAGGGAGCCAUAGGUUCUCUAGAUUACACACCUGAGGAGAGAAGAGCACUUGCCAAAAAAUCCCAAGAUUUCUGUUGUGAAGGAUGUGGCUGCACCAUGAAGGAUGUCCUGUUGCCUUUAAAAUCUGGAAGUGAUUCAAGCAAAGCUGACCAAGAAGCCAAAGAACUGGCUAGACAAAUCAGUUUUAAGGCAGAAGUCAAUUCAUCUGGAAAGACUAUUGCUGAGUCAGACUUAAACCACUCUUUUUCACUAAAUGAUUUACAGGACAAUAUACCUACAACAUUCCAGGAUGCUACAGCCAGUACAUCGUAUGGCGUCCAGAACCCCUCGGGAGCAUCCCUUCAACAACCUGUCCAGCCUGUAGCUAAGAAUACCUCCAUGAGUCCUCGACAGCGCAGGGCCCAGCAGCAGAGUCAAAGAAGGUCAUCUACUUCACCAGAUGUAAUCCAGGGCCAGCAGCCAAGAGACAACCACACUGAUCAUGGCGGAUCCGCUGUACUGAUUGUCAUCUUGACUUUGGCAUUGGCAGCUCUCAUAUUCCGACGAAUAUAUCUGGCCAAUGAGUACAUAUUUGACUUUGAGUUAUAAUAUUGUUUUGUGUCUUAAGAGCUGUGACUCAACUGCUUCAUUAAACAUUCUGCAUUGGGUAUAAUCUAAGAAUUGUUUACAAAAAAUUAUUUUGUAUUUACUCUUCAUUCCUUUUUGAUUCUUAUAAAUUCAAUAUAAAUAUAGCUAGACAUUCAGACUGUGUCUUGCUUAGUUUAAGGGAUUGGAAGUCAAGUCCCUUGUCUCACUAUAUGACCUGCUUUACAGGGAAAUAACUUGUUUCUCAUGCCUCAGCUGCUUAUGUAUAUUUGUGAUACUUUUCUGUAUAGCCCUUUUAAGUUUUUGGAUAAAAGAUGGUAUUUUAAGUUCCAGUGAAUAUCAGUAGUUUAUUCAAUAUCAUUUAUUGAAUACUCUGUUUCUACUUAUGUAGAAUGAUACAGGGAUAAGAGUUGAAAAGGGAAAGUAAAUCCCCUCAAAUAGUUUACUUAAAAUGUCAUUCACAGGAAACAUACUGGAAUUACCCAUUCUGUGACAUACUUUGAGUCCUAAACAUUCUUCAAUGACAGUUACUAUUUCAGUCAAAUAUUUAUGAGGAAAUGAGAUUACAUCUUGGUUAUCGGAUGUCACUCGAGAUAAUUCUUUGUAACCACUUUGAUAUGCUGUUAACCCAUUCUCUCCAAUACGCACGUAAGAUUUAAGUAGAAAGAAAACAAUCCUCCACAGAUCUUUGUUUUAAGGAAGGAAGGGUGGGAGGGAGGGAGGAAGGAAGAAGAGUUCAAGCCAGGAAAUGAUUUGAUUUUAUUCCAGAGGUUAAGUGGGAGGAUCUUAAGAUUUGAAUGUUUGGUCUGCUUUGAAUUGUAUGUCUUUUGAGAUGUAUAUAUGCCUAGCUUUGUAAUCACUAUCAGUUUAAUUAUUCUGCAAUAUGCAUAAUGUUGAAAUAUUUCAUGUACCAUUUUAAUAGAAAAAGCUCCGGACCCAAGCAACAGUGAUAGAAAUUAAAAAGACCUUUACUUGGAAUUGUCCACUUAAUGAAAGCCCAAGAAAUAAAUUCAGUGCAAAAUCAAUAUAUAACUUAGUGCUAGCUAGCUCCACAGACUCUAGUAGAUAAUUUUCCCAUCAUAAUGCCUGGUGAGAACAUAAUCACAGAAAACAUUGCCUUCAGCAUGUUCAGUAGCAGUAUUGAAGGUACUCUUGAGAGUAUUGUUAAUGUAGGUUUAAUUUUUAAAUACAGGCAGCCCCUAUCUUACAUUUAGGUUAUGUGCUAAAAUGUAUAUAUAAAGGUAUUUUGUGUUUUUGCUUUUGUUUUUUUUUACAACUUAAUGUAUAAAUGGCAUUUAGGUCCUAGACCAGUCCACAAAAGUUAGUCCAUAAUGUAUUUGAAUAUUUUGGGGGAUGGUAUUCAUAAAGUCCUUAUUACAUAGUUUUACUAACUGAAAUUAUGGACAAGAUAGAAACAAUUUGUAAAAUGAUUUUAAAGGCAAACUUAAUUUUUACUCCUACUAUAGGACUUCAGUUCUAUUAACUAUCAGACACAAUCUCUGUGUUCAUCCGAUAGCCAGUUUUUGUUUUCUGUCUGCAGAUAAAAUAUGAGCAUAUUAUAUACUAUUAUAUAAUACAAGUUGUCUUAAACCUUAAUAAAUUAGCAUUUUAAAAGUGUUUACAGAUUGUUUCUGUUAUAUCUACAGCUGAAGUUUUUUAAAUCUAAAAAGCCCAAGGACUUUAUGGAGACCUCAUAUGUCAGGAAAAUUAUAGAUUACCACUUUAUAACUUUAUUGCCAUGAGAAAAUGCAUUCUGAAGUCUUGAUUUAGAGCAUAAGAUAUUAGAAAUAUUGGUUCAAUGAUCAGUGGCCUCCUAGUAAGAGGUCACUGACCCUAGAAGACCAGGUAAUGUCAUCAUUUGAGAAGGAAAUCCCUGUGCUCUCAACCUAUGCUGAGAUUAAUCUUGUGCUAGGAACAAUCUUCCCUCCACUUCCUCUCAGUCACACAUGAACCAACCUCGGAUCUGUGUGAUCUUGUUACAUGUUUCCAUGGGAUGUACUUACACUUUCUGAUUGAUUCGGCUAAAAUGAUUUUGCAUUAUGCAGUUCCUUCUCUCUCUGAUUUGCCUUUCUUUCCUCACCCAUCACUGACAGGCCACCUUCUUGUUUGUGUUGGGGUUUUUUUUUUAGCACCUGACACGUAUAUCUGAAAGUGACAUAUUUUUUUGUCCUCUUUCAGCUCAUAUGUUACUUAAAAAUCUUUAAGUUGUCAAUCUGACUUCCAUUGUAGAGUUAAUGAGCAAAAUUGGUUUUGGAGACCAUUCUUGCUUCAACCUCACCUGAUAGGUUUCUUCAGAAAACUAUUAUUUUUAAAGCCCCACCUUAACCCCUUAAUUACAACAGCAUAAGGUCAACACAGAUGUAUGAUCUGGUAGGUAAAGGCUUAGGACUUCUUUACCCAGUCCUCAGAUUUUGGUAACUCUGUGACUUUUUCUUUGGCCAACUUAGCACAUGCCUACGCACCAAGGUAGUUAAAAUAGCGUAUUCGAAAAAAUAAUAAUGUCUCUUUCACCUGUAACUGUUCAAAACAAAUGAAACCUUUCAAUUUUUAUGUAUUGUGGGGCUUUUCUGUAGCACUUCACAUUUUUAUGCUGCUUAUUGUUUUUAUUCCACUGAAAUAAAAAUUUCAUCAAAAUUCUCAACUAAUUUUUUAAAACUUGAAAAAUUGUUUAUUAUUUUGACUAUGGAAAUAUAAAAUUUCCUAUUUCAGGAGAAUAAGAAACUUUUUUGUUAUUUUUAGCUAUGAAUAAACUUUCUGGUAUUUUGAGACCCCAUUUUUAUAAACCAGAAUCAAUAAACAAGCAAACCUCGUACAUUUAGACUUGAGCAGAAACCUAGGCUGAAGUACCGAAAAGCCUAUAUUGUUUUAUUACUUGCAGGUAAAUAUAUGAAAGGCGAAUGCACGCACUAAACCUGGCUUUUGACAAAGAAUGAUGUGUACGUAAAUGUGUACUACGAAAGCCUUUGUGGGAGGCUGUACAGUUUUCAGAAGUGUUUGGAAUGCCUAACAGUUGUCUUCACAACUAGUAUGGGCUGCUCAAUAAAACCAGUGACUUUAUUCAUACCUCGUUUUGACCAAAGGUGGUAUUAUUUAUGUCAUCUGGUCUUAUCUCCUGUCCAUUCUACAUCUUUGAACAUUCUCUUGUGUCUUUCCAUCUCUCUUCAUACUCAUUGCCACUACCCUAAUUAGCCAUUAUCUCCUCCGAAUUAGUGCAAUAACCUCUAACAGAUCUCCAGUCUUGCCCCAUUCCUGACACUAGCCAGAGUCUUCUCUGAUGCACAGAUAUGAUCCCAUCUCUCCAUUGCUCUUAUAGGCCCAAACUUAAUGUGUAGGAAUGUGUAGGACACAAGGCUCUGUGUGGCUAGAGUCCCACCUGGUUCUCUGGCCUAAUCUGACCUCAGCAAAUGCUACUGGGGCCUUAUCACAGCUCUGAGUUUGAGCCACUGGGGCCAAUCCUCUGUCAUAAGAAAUGAGAGAUGUUAAAGUUACGUAUCCUCUGCCUCACGCCACAUAUAAAAACUAACUCAAAAUGAUCUAAGACCUUAAUGUAAGAGCAAAAACUAGAAAACUCUUAGAAGGAAACUAUAUCUUUGUGAUAGGUUAGGCAUCACAUGGGUUAGGCAGUGGUUUCUUAGAUACAAGAUCAAAAGCACAAGCAACCAAAGAAAAAGGAGGUACAUUUCAUCAGAAUAAAACUUUCAAAGAUCACCACUUAGCGAAAGGACAACACAGAAUCAGAGCAAAUAUUUGCAGAUCAUACAUCUGAUAAGGCACGUAUCCAGAAAGUUUAAAGAAAUCUUAUAACUCACUAAUCUAAUUUAAAAAUAGCAAAGGAUUUGAGUAGACAUUUGUACAAAGAAGAUGCAUAAAUGAACAAAAACAUACACAGAGAUGCUCAACAUCAUUAGUCAGGGAAAUGCACUUCACACCCACUAUGAUGGCUAGAAUAAAAAGCAUUGGGGAGGAUAUGGAGAAAUUGGAGCUUACAUUCAUUGCUGGUAGGAAUGUAAAGUGGUACAGCCACUUUGGAAAGGGGUUUGACAAGUCCUCAAAAAAUUAAAGUUACCAUGUGACCCAGGAAUUUUCCAGGUUUAUAUGCAAGAGAAGUGAGAACAUGUUCAUACAAAUUUGUUCAUGAGUAUUCACAGCAUUGUUGUUACUAGCCCCAAACUGGAAACUCAAAUGCCCAUCAACCGAUAAAAUGGAUAUCUAUAUAAUGGACUAUUAAUAAAAAUAAAGUUAUGAUAUAUGCUACAGCUGGAUAAAUCUUGAAAACAUUAUGCUAAGUGAGGGAAGCCAGACACAAAAGGCCACAUAUUUUUAUGAAAUGUCCAGAAUAGGCAAAUCCAUAGAGAAAGAAAGUAAAUUGGUGAUUGUCAGGAGCUGAAGGGAGCAGGGAGGGAAUAGUGAGAGACUGUUAAUUGGUAUGAAGUUUCUUUUGGAGAUGAAAAUGUUCUAAAAUUAGAGGGGAUAGUUGCACAACUUUAGAAUAUACUAAAAAACUUUAAAGGGUGAAUUAAUGGUAUGUGAAUGAUAUUUCAAUAAAGCUGUUAUAAAAAAAGUUA